AAAUGACCCCGCGAAAUAUCUCACCAGCCCUCCACCUUAUCCUUUCCCUCUUUCCCUCUCGACUCUGUGUCGGGCCACAGCACUAAACAGACCGACAAUGGCGACGCUAGAAACUGCCCUCUCCCUCUUCUCCGGCAAUACACGUCACCCGCAGCGCUACCUCAUCCACAAGCCAUUUUUCUCCCUGAAGCUCCAACUUUCCCUCUCAACACCCCCUUCUCUUUCCCAAAAGCCCCUUGCUCUCUCCCCAUUCCCGACCAACAAGAGCAGUAGUCCCUCCUUCCAACUAUGUCUUUCGGUCCAAGAAAUGGCAGUGGAGGCCGAGACGGAGCAGACCCAGGAGGAGAACAUAAAGAGGAAGCUGUACGUGGUCAACUUGCCUUGGUCUCUCUCCGUCGUGGACAUCAAGAAUCUGUUUGGCGAGUGUGGAACUGUCAAAGACGUCGAGAUUAUAAAGCAGAAGAAUGGUAGAAGCAGGGGGUUUGCCUUCGUCACUAUGGCUUCAGGGGAAGAAGCUCAGGCUGUCGUCGAAAAAUUCGAUUCCUACGAGAUCUCGGGAAGGAUUAUCAGAGUAGAGUUUGCCAGGAGGUUCAGGAGACCUUCUCCUUCUCCGCCUCCUCCAGCUCCUCCUGCUGGAGAGACCCGUCACAAGCUCUACGUCUCUAAUCUUGCAUGGAAAGCAAGAUCGACCCAUCUCCGAGAACUAUUUUCUGAGAAUUUCAAUCCCAUUUCCUCGAGGGUUGUCUUUGAGAACCCUUCGGGUAGAUCUGCUGGAUAUGGGUUCGUCUCUUUUGCCACAAGGGAGGAAGCAGAGGCUGCCCUCUCGGCUUUAGAUGGGAAGGAAUUGAUGGGUCGUCCAAUUCGUCUCAAAUUCAGCGAGAAGAAUGUUACCGAAUCAGGAAAUGAGAAGGAAGAAGAGGAGGAAACAUCAGAGGUCCAACCCGAAACUUCAUGAAUUUAAAAUGCGGCUGAAAAGUUAGAUUCUUGAAUGAGCACACUAAUGAGACAGAACCGGUACAUUAAAACCUCUCCACAAUACAUUCUAGAGAUCUUUAUGUUCUCUAAAUUUCUGAAACCAAUGUUCAUUUUCUUUUCUCCUGGGCAGCGGUAUUACAUUUGAUCGUUGUAUCUCAAAACAACUUGGCAAAAUAUACAUACUUCUGUCUUAGAUCUUGAUCCCUGACCCCAGAACAACUGACCAGUACGAUCGGUUUUUUUUUUUUUUCUUUAAAUGUUUUUGUGCCCCUUUAAAUGUUUUCUAUUAGUAGAAGAACGAGGGCCUAAAGACCUGUUGUGUUGGAAGAUCAAUGAGCCUUUUGGCUGAUAA